CUUUGUUUUGAAAAAUUUUGAAAAGUUCAAAAAAAUUUUUUUUUCAAAAACUACUAAAACGUGAUAAGAACUUACUAUAGACCAUAAAAAGUGAUAUCCGAUGAUAAUUUGCAAAAGUUGGUAACUAGUAAAAAAUUUCACUUUUUUACUAGAGUCGGUGCAACGAGAAAAAAAAAGUCCGUGAUGGAGAAAAAUGGCACGUUUUCCACGCCUGUACGCUUUCGUUUACUAUAUAGGGGGUAGGUGAGCCAGAAGCAUGAUUUUGACUGAGUAUGUAUCUUUAUGAAUUGGACCCUUCUAAAUCGAUUGAGACUACCCCCAGGACGAUCGGACGACUGCUUCUGGCUCAAAAUGUGGUUUUUAGAUUUUGAUCGUCAAUUAUGCGAGAAAAAAUCGAUUAGAAGUAAAGAUACGAAAUGCUUGGUCUAAGUUGGGAAACGACUUCGGAUAUUUGUUGGACGUUGUCGUAGAAGGUCCGAGGACCAAGGAAAAGUGAUUUCCAAGUGGAUUUAUGCCCUAUUAGUCGAUGGUAAGAUGUGAAAUUAGUAGAACUUACCAUACAGUUUGCGAAGUUGAAGCAAUCGGUUGGUGAAUAUGGUACUGUCUGUCCAAUUUGGUGGUUCGGAAUGAGUGAAACGAUGUUGAUGAUGGAUAGACGUUCCGAUUGCCCCCGAUCGGGGAACAUAUAGUGGUCUUUAAGGUCCAAGUACCUAUGUUUUGGUAAGCAGAACUGAGAGUUAAAGGAUGAAAGUCGGCCAUUCCUAAUAUCAUCCUAUCGGUGGUUCGCGAGUUGUUUGAGGACCGGAGCAGCUCGCGAUGAAACGGUCCUAGGGUAUUGGUUAUCCAUCCAAGGAAGAGUAAAUGCGAUCCUAGAUGUGUGUCGUUGGCCGUUCUACCGGCAUCGCCUAUCGAUGAGAUAUCGACGGGCAUGCCUUACUCGAAAGUUGAAUUCUAGGAUCGAUGGUCAAACAGACCUAUGAGCGAUAAACCAAACUGAACACGUAUUGAUGUCGGCUUUUCCUAUCAUUUGAUGCCGCAGGUUGUUUAGGGACCGGAGCAGCUUGCGGCCGAGACGGUCCCCGGGGGUUUCUUUCUCCAAGGAGUGGAAACUAUUAAGCAAGAGUUGUAGCAAGAUACGAUCCUCUGAUGUGUCGUUGGCCGUUCAUGCGGUAUCGCCUGUCGAUGAGAUAUCGAUGGGCAUGCCUUACUCUACCGACCUUCUAAUUGAGAGUAUUAAUCAGGGAUCGAUGGUCAAACAGACCUAUGAGCGAUAAACCAAACUGAACACGUAUUGAUGUCGGCUUUUCCUAUCAUUUGAUGCCGCAGGUUGUUUAGGGACCGGAGCAGCUUGCGGCCGAGACGGUCCCCGGGGGUUUCUUUCUCCAAGGAGAAGAAACGAUUAAGCAUAAGUUGUAGCAAGAUACGAUCCUCUGAUGUGUCGUUGGCCGUUCAAGCGGUAUCGCCUGUCGAUGAGAUAUCGAUGGGCAUGCCUUACUCUCCCGACUGGAUUACUGAGAGUUUAAUCAGGGAUCGAUGGUCAAUCAGACCUAUGAGCGAUAAACCAAACUGAACACGUAUUGAUGUCGGCAUUUCCUAUCAUUUGUCGCAGGUUGUUUAGGGACCGGAGCAGCUUGCGACCGAGACGGUCCCCGGGGGUUUCUUUCUCUAAGGAGUGGAAACGAUUAAGCAAAAGUCGUAGCAAUAAUCGAUCACCUGAUGUGUCGUUGGCCGUUCUUGCGGUAUCGCCUGUCGAUGAGAUAUCGAUGGGCAUGCCUUACUCUCCUGACUGUUUAAUUGAGAGUUAUAAUCAGGGAUCGAUGGUCAAAAAGACCUAUGAGCGAUAAACCAAACUGAACACGUAUUGAUGUCGGCAUUUCCUAUCAUUUGUCGCAGGUUGUUUGGGGACCGGAGCAGCUUGCGACCGAGACGGUCCCUUCCCGAAAGAUGGUGAACCGAGUCGUCUGGCGUAAAAACCGGACGACUCGAAAGGGCUUGACCCUUUCAAGUGAGCGAUAAUCACAUUCUACGCUCAGUUCGACAGCUACAAGGCAAUCACUCGCUAUGUUCAGAGCUAAUACAUGCAACAUGCCGGCAUUGUUUCCACCGACGCAUGGAUUCAAGACUGGUGCACUUAUUAGUUAAACCGUUCGCCUCCGGGUGUUUCGAGUUCAAGUCUGGAUGAGGAUUGAUCUUGCUGGUAAUAGCUUGAGCCCCUGAAUAAGGGGUCGAAGCGUACAUCUUGAGACCAUGUACAACAUAUUACCAAAUCGGCACCAUGGGUUCGGGUGCAAGUGAUGUAACCGUGAAAGAUGUUGAGCAGCCCAACAUCGGUUUACACACGCAUAAUAGGAAGGCAGCGCUGUCGACUGGUCAGUCGUGUAAGAAGUGUGCAUUAUCGAUCACAAAUAUAUUGGUGAUCUGUAGGUUGCGCAUACACCAUGCCCGGUGUAAAGUGCCGUGGUCCCCCCCGGGGGGCUGCAUCAAACCGUUCGCCACGCGAACUACCCAAUGGAACGAACUCGAUGCAUUUAAUAAGAAGAAGAGAUGAUAAUGAAACACGGUCGAUUAAAGAGUUGAAAACGUUGAAAUACCUAUAAGCAAGUCUUAAGUUGGUGGUGACCGUUACGCCCCAACAAAUUGGUGCCUUACCCUACACCAAAGAGCCAUUCAACAUGGUUCAAGUGAGCGAUAAUCACGCUCUACGCUCAGUAUGACAGCUGCAAGGCAAUCACUCGCUAAGUUCAGAGCUAAUACAUGCAACACGCCGGCAUUGUUUCCACCGACGCAUGGAUUCAAGACUGGUGCACUUAUUAGUUAAACCGUUCGCCUGCGGGUGUUUCGAGUUCAAGUCUGGAUGAGGAUUGUUCUUGCUGGUAAUAGCUUGAGCCCCUGAAUAAGGGGCCGAAGCGUACAUCUUGAGAGUAAAUGUACAACAUAUUACCAAAUCGGCACCGUGGGUUCUGGUGCAAGUGAUGUAACCAUGAAAGAUGUUGAGCAGCCCAACAUCGGUUUACACACGCAUAAGGGGUUUAUUGUUAUCUGUAGGUUGCGCAUACACCAUACCCGGUGUAAAGUGCCGUGGUCCCCCAGGGGGCUGCAUCAAAACGUUCGCCAUGCGAACUACCCAAUGGAACGAACUCGAUGUAUUGAAAGAGAUGAACAAUUAAUAGCGAGAAUAGGGGCCCGGAAGCAAUUCCGCGGCCCUACGGUCGAUUCAAGAGUUGAAACGUUGUACAAUCGUGGAUAGCACCUAGUGCUAAUAUGGUGAGAGAUAAUGUGUGAGGAAAUUUAGUUUCCUAAAGUUUAGUUAGUGGUUUCCGUUGUGCCCUAACAAACUUAAAGUUGGUGGUGACCGUUACACCCCAACAAAUUGGUGCCUUACCCAACACCAAAGAGCCAUUCCAUAUGGUUCUAGAGAGAGAGAGUUGUGUGGAAAUUUAUUUCCCACUAAGCGAGUGUGUGUCUGUAGUGGAACGAAUUCUGGUUGAUCCUACCAGUAAUAUACGCUUGUCUCAAAGGUUAAGCCAUGCAUGUCUAAGUACAAACAUAAAUGAAUGUGAAACCGCAUAAGGCUCAGUAUAACAGCUAUAAUUCACAAGAUCAUCCUACCACUAGUUACUUGGAUAACUGUGGAAAAUCCAGAGCUAAUACAUGCAACAUGCCGGGACUGUUGCCCUCGCGGGUAGCUGAACUGGUGCACUUAUUAGUUAAACCAAUCGCCUCCGGGCGGCUUGAGUUGAAGUCUGGAUAAGGACGCAGAUCGUAUGGUCGCUUGUCGACUGACGACAGAUCUUUCAAAUGUCUGCCCUAUCAACUAUUGAUGGUAGUGUAGAGGACUACCAUGGUUGCGACGGGUAACGGGGAAUCAGGGUUCGAUUCCGGAGAGGGAGCCUGAGAAAUGGCUACCACAUCCAAGGAAGGCAGCAGGCGCGUAAAUUACCCAAUCCCAGUACGGGGAGGUAGUGACGAGAAAUAACAAUAUGGACCUCUCUAACGAUGGUCCAUAAUUGGAAUGAGUUGAGUAUAAAUCCUUCAACAAGGAUCAAGUGGAGGGCAAGUCUGGUGCCAGCAGCCGCGGUAAUUCCAGCUCCACUAGCGUAUAUUAAAGUUGUUGCGGUUAAAACGUUCGAAGUUGAUUGCCCGUCCAGACACGUGACCGCCACGGGCGCCCGGUUACACGCCGGGGCCGUUCGUGCGCGCGCUCACGGCUGCGACUCACAAUGGUGUACUUGGGCGUUACUCUGUGAACGAGUACCGUGCUACCGGUUAACUCCGGCACGGGCUCCUCAUGGUGCUCAAGAUACUCACAUUUACCUUGAACAAAUUAGAGUGCUCAAAGCAGGCUAAGACAAAGCGUCCGGCCCCCCCGUGGGGUUGGCGUUGGCCGAGAAUAAUCUUGCAUGGAAUAAUGGAAUAUGACCUCGGUUUAUACGAUUUCGUUGGUUUGUCAGAAACCUAGAGGUAAUGAUUAACAGAAGUAGUUGGGGGCAUUGGUAUUACGGCGCGAGAGGUGAAAUUCGUAGACCGUCGUAGGACCAACUGAAGCGAAAGCGUUUGCCAUGGAUGCUUUCUUUAAUCAAGAACGAAAGUUAGAGGAUCGAAGGCGAUUAGAUACCGCCCUAGUUCUAACCGUAAACGAUGCCAAUUAGCAAUUGGGAGACGCUACCCCUAUUCGGUGCUCUCAGUCGCUUCCGGGAAACCAAAAUCGGGUUCCGGGGGAAGUAUGGUUGCAAAGUUGAAACUUAAAGGAAUUGACGGAAGGGCACCACAAGAAGUGGAGCUUGCAGUCGCAAUCGAGAGCUCGACCAGAACGGACGUGUCCGCACAGUGCUCCGUGUAGUGAGAGAUUAUUUGCGAGAGCGAGAGAGCGGGAGAGAAAGUUGUCCGUAUGACGAACAGUAGUGAGCGUGUGUACGUGUGUAUGUGAAGCGUAAGGAAAAGUGACGCUGCACGCACUUUUCUUAAAUUGCAAAAUUUAUGGUUUUCCGUGAUUAAAAUCGUAAAUCGGAUUAUGUGAGAGUGUGUGCUUUUAAGAGGCAAAGAUUUUAAGACAUUGUUUGCGAAAAUCGGUGGAGUUUUGUGAUUACGCAACAUUGUGAAAUCGUAGUGACGCUUCACGCACUAUUCUGAAUUUGUGAAAUAUAUGGUUUUCCGUGAUUGAAAUCGUAAAUCGGAUUACUUGAGUGUGUGUGCUUUUAAGAGGCAAAGUUUUUAAGACAUAGUUUGCGAAAAUCGGUGAUUUUUGUGAAGGAUUACGCAACAUUGUGAAAUCAUAUAUCGACCGGGUGUUCCGUGUCGGCGUGUGUGUGCGUGGGCACGCUUGUGUUCCACGUUAGUGAGUGCGAGGGCGAGCUUGAAUUGGACAUUCUAGAAGUAUCUAGAAUAUUUUUCGACUGUUGCCGUGCGUGUGUGUGUACGUGUGUUGGUGUGUGCACGAGCACGUGGCACUUUCGCGGAUAUGCAUUCUAGAACAUUCUAGAAGCAUCUAGACAUUUUUCGACUGUUGCCGUGCGUGUGUGUGUACGUGUGUUGGUGUGUGCACGAGCGCGUUAAACUUUCGCGGAUAUUCAUUCUAGAACAUUCUGAAAGCAUCUAGAAAUUUUUCGACUGUUGCCGUGCGUGUGUGUGUACGUGUGUUGGUGGGUGCAUGAGCGUGUGGAACGUUCGCGGAUAUUCAUUCUGGAACAUUCUGAAAGCAUCUAGAAAUUUUUCGACUGUUGCCGUGCGUGUGUGUGUACGUGUGUUGGUGGGUGCACGACCGCGUGGAACUUUCGCGGUUGUUGCCGCGCGUGGUGUUGCCGUGAGUGUGGUGUUGCCGCGAGUGCGGUGUUGCCGCGAGUGUGGUGUUGCCGCGCGUGGUGUUGUCGUGCGUGGUAUUGCCGCGAGUGAGCGCGUGGAACUUUUUCUCACUUUUUCUCAGUUGUGUGAGUGUGCGCGCGAGCGCGUGUGUUCGUGAGCGCGUGGAACUUUUACGCUUGUUGCCGGGCGUGGCUUCUUCUUCCCGCGUGUGUGUGUGUUCGCGAGCGCGUUGAACUUUUCUUGUUGCUGGGCGUGGCUUCUUUUUCCCGCGCGUGUGUGUGUUCGCGAGCGCGUUGAACUUUUCUUAUUGCUGGGCGUGGCUUCUUUUUUUCCCGCGCGUGAGUGUUGCCGGGCGUGGCUUCUUUUUGCCCGCGCGUUUGUGUGGGAGUGUUUCUCAUAGCGGCAGCGUCAAGGACAUACGCGGUGGCGGGGGGUAACAACCCGCCACCAUGGAAACGCGGGCGAGAGGACGAACGUUAUCGGUCGAUGAGCGUCCUACCGUCGUAGCAAAGAAGCCGUUGGGUGAGAAGAAACUAGCGACCAUCGCCGAGGAACCGGCAUCGGCAGGAGUGCCAGCGCGGACAAUGGCGACGGCGGGAGUUAAAUCGGCGGGAGCAGCGACGAAGCCGGCAACUUCCACCGGGGUUUCCACCGGGGAAGUGCGCCGGAUGCUGGCGGACGCGAAGGCGGAUAACGAAAUGACGAUUGGUAUCGUCAAACGAUUGGAGGAACAGAUUCAGAUGCUGCGCCUUCAAAUUGAGGCCUCCAACGAACAACUGAAGGAGGCACGAAAGGAGGCGAAGGAGGCGCGAGAAGAGGCUCGUAUGCGCGAGGCGGAAUACCGUGAGGAGACUCGGCAGCGUGAGGCGGAACACCGCGAAGAGCUCCGGAAGGAGAAGGAGCUCUUUAACGCUCUUCUGGCGCAAACCCUGGGGGGAACAGGCGCAGCUCGGCCGGAGAGCCAGCAGGAGCUGCAGCGUGAGCAGGAGAUGAUCCGGAGGCUGGAAAGCCAGCAACGGCAGGAACAGCGGCAGCAGCUGGAGGAGCAGCAGCGCCAACGGUGGCGUAAACAGCAGCCGCAGCAACAACAACAGCAGCGGCCACCUGUGCAGGAGUGGCCGACGGUUCAGCAGAGCGGGCGUGUUCAGCGUCGGGGCGCGGUGAAGUCGACACCCCCGGCGGUGUUAAAUGAACCGGGAGAGUGGGUGGAGGUCGUUAGCGGCAACCGCCGUAAUAACAAGCGGAAUGGAGCGAAUCGGCCCCGGCAGCCAGCCCAGCAGCAGCCAGUGCACCGGCAGUAUCAGCAGUGGGCGCACCAGCGAGCGGGGCAGCAGCAGCAGCGGUUGGAGAUACACCAGCAAGAGAAGCGGCGUCCGCGACGGAAGCGUCCGGACGAGAUCAUCGUGGUGCCCGCCCCGGGAGUCUCGUAUAAAGAUAUGUAUGUAAAGCUCCGGAGCAGCCCGCGGAUUGCAGACUUCCAGCGGCAAAUAGGUGUCGGCAGAAGAACGCCGAAGGACCACCUCCUGCUGCCUUUGUCGCGUGAUGUAGACAGCGCGGCACUGAGAGAUAUCAUUGAGGAGGUGAUCGGGGAUAGCGGAUCCGUCACGGUCAAGACGGAAAUGGCUGAGGUCGUCAUGACGGGCAUCGAUAAUAUGAUUGACGAGGAGGCAAUCAAGAAGGCGCUCAGGACCUCGCUAGCCUGUGGUGGACAACUUUCGGAUUAA